GCACAAUGCUCAGAUUUACUGCAGACAACAUUACACCGACAUGGCCAUCAUUUGGACUCAAGCUGACAAUGACGUGAUAAAUGUCCCUACUGUUAAUGGUGACUACGCAUGGAUUGGUAUGUUCAGGGAUACGUGGAAGUGGUCAGAUGGGACAAAUGUCAUCACUUACCCCAUUAACUGGGCGAGUGUCGACCCAGACCUAGACGGGAUGGACCCGAUUUGUGUUGCUGCAGAUCCUGAUGGGUAUUUAGAUGAUCAGUACUGCUCAGAUCUCUUGCCUUUCAUCUGCUUGUGCGAUCCAACAACUACCACAACUCCAACCACUACCAAAGCUCUAAUGACUACCAAAGCUUUAAUGACUACCAAAGCUUUAAUGACUACCGCAGCCCUAGUGAAUAUCCAAACUCUAAUAACUAUCCCAACUUUAAUGACGGUUGCGCCGGUUAACCGCUCAAAACUGCAGAUUUUGAGAGUGGAGAUAAAGUCUGGUCAAGAUCUAAACAACUCUACAAACAUGCAGUUCAUCUUUCAGUGGAUCAAGCAGAAACUGAUAGUACAGGGAGUGAACAUCACAAAUAUGACAUGGAAAACACAACCGGAUGGAAAUGUUUUCACACCAAAAGACGUCAGGGCUGAAGAACGUAUCCAUCAACAGAUAAACUGCUCAGCUGAACGUUUUAAUUAA